GGACCAUGGAGACUCAGAGGGCCAGGCUCGCCCUGGGGCGGUGGUCACUGUGGCUACUGCUGCUGGGACUAGUGGUGCCCUCGGCCAGCACCCAGACCCUCAGCUACAGGGAAGCUGUGCUUCAUGCUGUGGAUCGCCUCAACGAGCGGUCCUCAGAAGCUAAUCUCUACCGCCUCCUGGAGCUGGACCUGCCUCCCAAGACCGAUCAGGACCCAGACACCCUGAAGCCUGUGAGCUUCACGGUGAAGGAGACCGUGUGCCCCAGGACGACCCAGCAGCCUCCAGAGCAGUGUGACUUCAAGGAGAAUGGGCUGGUGAAACAGUGUGUGGGGACAGUCACCCUGGACCAGUCCAAGGACCAAUUUGACAUAGACUGUAAUGAGUCGUAA